GAUAGCAUUUUGCCUUUUUGCAUAAGCUCAAGAGGUAGACAUAGAAAACUGUAAACUUCUCUCGACUCUAUGAAAAAGAGCACAACCUCGUACAAAGACUGGCCGAAACUGAGAGACCAAUCUUCGUCAAAUAAUUCGAGUACCAAAUUGUCGAAAUGUCUUGCUAUUGCGCAAACUACUACGGCUCCAUCAACUGCCAGAACAUGGUUUUAAAAUUUGGUGAUCAGUGCAGUUCUUGUCUUGCUCAAUCUCCAAGUCAUGAUGAAAAGUUUGAAUGGAGCGAUGCACUUCUGGGUCAGCAGUGGCUGGAGAACUCGAGCAAGGAACAGAUGAGAAGAGACGAGGACAAGUCUAGGAGGGGGAGAGUUGGGAGGGCUGUAAAAUAAAGGUGCUCAAAAAAGGCAAACAGUGUAGGAGAGGAAGAAAAGUUGUAACGGUACGAUUCUGAUAGAUCUGUGGAUAAUUAGUAUAGGCGUGUUCAUAAAGGGUAUAUAGAAGCCAUGUGGGUGGAUGGGUGGAUGGAAAAGCGGGGUGUCUUGGGGUGAGAAGUGCACUUGGAGCUGAACUCAACUUUGUAGGAGGGCUAACAUUAAUGAUCUUUGGUUUUUUGGAGGUUAAUGGAUUAUCUACAGCUCCCAUUUCACGUCUUCCAAACCUGGGUUGGGAAAGAGUUCAAUGAGCAAAACCCAGUGGAUGACUUGUGGUUGAGCCA